GACUCUCAGACUCCAGUGGCAACAUGAAGUCCGGAGGCCUCUUCCUCUUGGCGGCCCUCCUGGCCCUCGGGAUGGACCUGAUCGAGGCUCUCGACAUCGUCCAAGUGGGGACCCCUAGAUCCGGUGCCUGCCCAAACCUGCCAGUGGGAACAAUAGGGAUGUGUGCAGAAUGGUGUUCGGGGGAUGAUUCCUGUCCUCAGGGACAGAAGUGCUGCAGCAACGGAUGUGGUCAUGCCUGCAUGCCAGCGGUGACAGGCGAUGAAGUCCACAUCCCUCAAUCCUGCUGCUACAGUUGGUCCAAGAAGCCAAUCCCUCUCCACCUGUUGUCUGGCUACUUUGUGACCAGUUCCAAGUGUUCACUGGAAGCUGUGAUCUUCAAAACCGUGAAAGGGGUUGAAGUCUGCGCGGACCCCAAGGAAAAAUGGGUUCAGGAUCGCAUGAGGCGUCUGAAAAUCAGACGCAAGAAGCCAUGAGCCUUCCCUUCAGCCUCUCCAGAUCCACUCAGACUCCCUCCCUUUUAGUUUGCACCUUCCCUCGCCUCCACAGGAGAUGUUGCCGCUGCCCAGGUAAAGGGGCUGGAGUCCAAGAGGCUUCGUAUCGACUCCCUGGUCCGACGGGGCUGGGGCGGCCCUUGAGAGUGAACGCUCUUCUGGAGCCCCAGAGGACUGUGAGAGGAAAACAGCACCGUGGCGCACUGAGAGACACCUUCAGUGGGAGCCAAACCCUGGAAGCGUCACCCCCUGAGCGGCGGCAGAGCGGAACCCUCCAAGAGGACCAUGGGACGUCUCCACCUUGACCCUCCAACGUCCCUGUGUGGUGGAGGUCGGGUGGCGGGGGAGAAUAGGAGGUUUAGUAACAUUCAAGUUCGAGAGCUGGGGACACUGAGGCCUGGGUUGCAUGAGGCAUUUAUUGCAAAAGGAAAGGCUUCCUGAAA